AUGACGUAUCAUCGCGAUAUCAGUAAGAGAACCUUAUCAUUGGGAGAGUUCCAACAAAAGCAGCGACCUCCAAAUUUGGAAAAUUCCUCAUUCGAAACUUUUAUGUCAGAAUACAUUUCAUUCAUUAAUGAAAACAAAUCUAAAAUAACAUAUAUCGUGUACGACUGUUCAAUGGAAAGGACAGGGAACUGUGGUGGCUGGUCGGAUAGACUUGUGGGUAUUAUGACCACGUUUGUCAUUUCUAUUCUCACAAAGAAACAUUUUCUCAUUAACUUUGACAAACCGUGUCUCCUGCAUGAUUACGUAAUACCAGCAAAUUUCGACUGGCGAUACAAUUCAUCUUUACUUUCAAAUAAAAACCAUUCGUAUCACAACUAUCUAAAUAAUAAUUAUAAAAAGAUGAAAAAAGAAUUACUUGGAGAAAAGGACAUUAAUUCAUAUUUCAAGGCUGAUAUUAGCUUUUUGCGUAUGAACUGGGACUUUACAUACAACAUAAGAAAAAGACCAAAUAUCAAUACAGACAUUCCAUGGAUUACUAAGUAUCACCAAGCAGAUAUCUAUAAAUACUUGUAUCAUUUUCUGUUCAAAUGGUCCCCAUCGUCUACCCGUGCGUUAAACAACCAACGUAAAACAAAUCGAAAGCGAAACAAGAUAGCGUGUGCUCAUGUUCGUCGAGGACGUAAUCCAAAUAUGCCCCAGGAUGCUGUAGGGCCAAAACAACCACUGGAUGUUUUAUGGAAAUAUUUUGAUUUAUUAGAUAAAGAUGAAUACGACUUGUAUGUAGCUUCUGACACGGACAGUGUGAAAGUUUUGGCAAGGGAACGUUACCCUGAAAAUAUGAUAGAUACUCCAGGAAACAUAACACAUAUUGAUCAGCCCCAUGUAUUGAACGAUCCAGAUGAAGGAUUUCAGAAACAGUUAUCGGACUUCUAUACGUUGGUGAACUGUGACAUACUCAUCGUACCAUCUAGCGGAUUUAGUAUAUUAGCCGCGCUUGUCCGGAACAUAGAUUCCGGGUUGUUUUGUUGGAGAGGACUAGAUCUGAUACCAUGUUCCAGAUAUACAAUAACUGAAAUCUUUCCGGGAGGUAAAUACAACCCGUCUAAACCAAAAUAA